AUGGCCAAAUCUCUCACCAACACUCGAGAUAGCAUCCAAUGUAAUAAACAAAAUAAAUCCGAGCUCAAUAUGAACAAAAAAUUUACUGGAUCAAUUAAAGAAAACAAAAAGAACGCCUCCAAAGAUACUAAAAUUAGCAAGAAAAUAUUAAAAGAGUAUUUACAUGCUAUUAAAAAAGAUCCACAACGAAAACCUAAAGAGAAUAUUAGAAAACCAUCAACAGGAAACUCCAAUACCAACCAAAUCAACUGG